AUGUUGCCGCAACGUGCCACUGCGUCCGUAUCGGUGUUGCUGUUGGUGGCCGCAGCGUUGCUGGUCGAGCGGGGAAGUGGACAACAGCCGGGCGUCUUCAACGGUACCAACGUGACCAAUGUUACGUCCCGUCCUGGAUCUCGUCUAACCGAACCGCAACCAGUGAAUGAUGAUGUGCUGUUGACCCUGCCAUCCAACAGUCUGCCACCGUUGGCCACAACAACAACAAAGGCGACACCAUUACGAACCGCCAACAACAGUGCGCACUGGGAACCAAUUCCUCAUUACCAACAUCCACAUUAUGACCCCGCCGGGAAGGUAUUGUGGUUCCCGAGGAUCGUCGGUGGUUUACUGGCCACCAUUGGUGAGUUCCCGGCCAUGGUGUCCCUGCAACUCGUUCGCAAUUCGGCACACGUUUGUGGUGGCACCCUGAUCACAAUGUCACAAGUCCUGACGGCUGCUCACUGUGUUGCCAAUUCCGCGGGAGUGGCCAGCCCACCCGGACAGUUCCAAGUGAUGGCGGACGAUCUAUACAUUCUGCCCCAGAUGGGCAACCCUAGCCGGCAAGUGCGACUCGUCCGUUCACUGAUCCUGCACCCACAAUACGAUACGGCCACGUUCGCGAACGACCUAGCGCUGCUGCGGUUAGCGACAGAGUUCCGCAAGACGGACAGUCUGUAUCCGACCAAGCGGAUGCAGAAGCCGCCCGUGCCCGGUGACCGAUGCAGUUUGGCUGGCUGGGGUGUCACCUCGGAACAGUCCGCAACCAUGAGCCCCAAUCUGCAGCGCAUCAAUGUUGUGGUCGAUGAUUUUGGAAGCUGCAACGUGGUCUACCAGCAGCUGCUGACGCGCGGAAUGCUUUGUGCAUCGGCACCGGGCCGAGAUGCGUGCCAGGGUGACUCCGGUGGGGCGUUGCUGUGUGCUGGCGGACGGAUGGCCGGAAUCGUGAGCUUCGGUGCCGGCUGUGCCAAACCGAACAUUCCCGGUGUGUACAUAGAUGUGGUGUACCACGAGAAGUGGAUCAACGGUGUGCUGAGGAACGACGGAAUGGCCAUCCAUGCAUCGACUGCACUCCUGAUAAGCUCGCUAGCCAUCCUGUGGACUGUACUCAAGACAUUGUAAGGUCCAAGUUACAAGAUCGCUCGAAUACACGAACACCAACAGUU